AUGGCCGGGCUGCGGGUGCGGGUGCUGCUCGGCGCGGCGGUCCGGGCGGGCAGGGCCGGCGACGGGCUCCGGGCUCGGGCUGCCGGCCUCUCCUGCUGGGCCCCGCCGCGGCGCUCCGUGCUGCCUGGCUCGGACGCCCGGACGCUCUGCUCCGCCCCCGGGGACCUCCGGGGACGCCAGGACCCCGGCAGAGUCCCCCAGACAAACCAGAGCAGCAGUGCAGAGGAGAAAAAGCCUAGCAAGUCCCAGCAGCUGAAGAAGCUGUUCCAGGAAUAUGGGGCCGUGGGAGUGUCACUGCACAUCGGGGUGUCGCUGGCAUCCCUGGGCAUGUUCUACACAGUGGUUUCAAGCGGCGUGGACAUGUCUGCCCUCCUGCUCAGACUCGGCUUUCAAGAGUCGCUGGUGCAGUCCAAGCUGGCGGCAGGCACCAGCACCUUCGUGGUGGCCUACGCCAUCCACAAGCUCUUUGCGCCCGUGAGGAUCAGCAUCACCCUGGUGUCUGCGCCUCUGCUCGUCCGCUACUUACGAAAAGUGGGAUUCUUCAAGCCUCCUGCUGCGAAGCCGUGACGCAUUCC